ACUACUACUGCGAAAGCCUCGUGACUUGUAAUGUUAAUUGAUAACGAUAAGUGAUUUACCAUUUACCAAUUUUGUUUUGUAACCGCACGGCGCACGUUAGAUUUGCAAUUUUCUGUCGUAGUGUCGUUAACCGUAAUAUAAAUUUUAGUCGUUGACUUAAAAUUUUAUAUAAUAUAUUUCAUAGCAAUUUGGUUGGAUCCAUAUUGCAUCAUGUCACAUGGGAAUGAAGAAAAGUUUGAUUCAAUGCUUCUGGCAUUGGCUCAGCAGCACGAGAAAGGAGUAGAACAACUUUUGGAUACAUUUUUCAGUUUUCUGGGUCGAAAAACUGAUUUCUUUAUUGGAAGUCCUGAUGAAAAAGCUUCUGAACAAAUGUUAAUGUCAGUAUUUAAUAGACAUCGUGAUAUUGCUCUGAAAGAAAAACGUGCAAUAGACGAAAAACGUAAAUUGGAAGCAUUAAAAAGAUUACAAAAGUCACAAAAAGAGAAAGAAUUAGAGACUAAGCCAAAACUAAAAGAAUUAACGGAUGAAGAAGCUGAGCAACUCCAAAAAGAGUUAGAUUUGAAAAAAAACUUAAAAGCUGAAGAUUCAAAAAAUUCUGGUGAAACAAAUGAAUUAUCACAACCAAUUGAAGAAGAUGAAGAUGAUCCCAAAGAAAAAGGCAAAUUGAAACCAAAUGCAGGCAAUGGUUGUGAUUUACCUAAUUAUAGAUGGACUCAAACAUUAUCUGAUAUUGAACUCAAAAUUCCAUCUAAAGCUGCAUUCAAAUUGAGACCACGUGAUGUUAUUGUGAAUUUGAAAAAGAAACACAUUUUCGUUGGAAUAAAGGGACAGCCACCGAUAUUGGAUGAUGAAUUACAGCAUGAAAUUAAACUUGAAGAAACCACGUGGCUACUUGAAGACGGAAAAACAUUCCUUAUUAAUAUUGAAAAGGUGAAUAAAAUGGAAUGGUGGUCGAGACUGGUGCUUUCAGAUACCGAUAUAUCUACUAAAAAGAUCAACCCAGAACCUUCCAAACUUUCUGACCUAGAAGGCGAAACCAGGUCCAUGGUGGAGAAAAUGAUGUACGACCAGCAACAAAAGAAUAUGGGAUUACCUACGUCGGACGAGCAGAAAAAACAGAACGUUCUUCAAAAGUUUAUGGAACAACAUCCCGAGAUGGACUUUUCCAAGUGUAAAUUCAAUUAACCCGCUCAAAACCAAGAAAAUAAAAAAAUAUAUAUA